AGAAAUCUUCCCCCUUGCUGGAAAAGUCGGAUCUGCCCUGCUCUGCUUUGUCCUUCCGCCGGCUGCUCUUGAUUGUGGGUGAUUUCUGGGCAUUUUUUCAGUUUCCGAUCGUUUUGUCAGUUAGUGCGUGAAUUGAGUGCUCGGUUUUGUGCGAGUGAGGUAAGUAAAUUAUGGUAACGCCCUUUGAUUUUAAAAGCAUGUUUUGAUUUGUUUUUGAAGUGGUGGCGGGACUAAACCCGUUUUACACGAGCAUGACUGAUUUGAAGUGAAAUGUUUAUGUUUUUCAUUAAAUUGAGCAUGCCUACUUGAAAGUGAUUGUGAAUUGUGAAUUGCCUGUUAACUUCUGCCUGUUUUGUCUCCGAUGUGGUCAUGUUAUUCGUGACCCUGCUAGUGGGGGAGGAUAUAAACGCUAGCACAUGUCGACAUGUAGUGAUAGAGCUGGUUCGUUCAACCCAGCUAGUGGGGGUUAUACACCAGCAAAUCGUGGCCCUGCUAGUGGGGAUUAUACACUGGCCGUGACCUAUAGAGGAGACGUCUAUUUCGUUCCUGUACUGUAUCCGAUUUGCGUGAUUGCACAUGUUGGCAUGCUAUAAGUUUAAUAAUGGGCACUCUAUAUUUACUUACUGAGUUUAUCUCAUAGUUUUUCCUUGUCCACCAUUUCAGGAAGUGAAUCCGAGGACGGGGAAACCACGGGAAGUGACGAGUUAGAAGGCUAGUCAUAUUGUAAUUGAACAUAGAUUUUAUAAUUUGAUCUUCAGAUUUUGAUGGUAUCAGAGUAUGAUAUGAUAAGUUCCGACCCUUGUGCACUUGUGGGACCCGUCUCACGAGUGUACGGCAUCUGUUGCGCCUCGGAUUUGGGUUCUGGGGCGUGAUAAAAGUAUUGGGAUGCU